GACUCGAGAACAGACAGCAGCAGGGAGAGAGGAGUACACCAGGAGGGUGAGAGAGGAAAAGAAGAGAGAAAUUACAGCAGGGAGAAUUACCUCAUUUACCUUCACCUCAACUCCUGCUCAGCCUGCGUCUGAUCUUCGUAUCGGACCUUCCCCCAGUUAGCGGAUCCUAGAGCUCAUUCACGUGCUGAUCGGCGUGUUGCAGCGGUGCACCAUGUCGUCUAACGAGAAGGCGACGGUGACCAAGGAGCAGAAUGACCGGCAUAGAAAGAUUCUGGACGGUCUCCUGAAGCUUCCUGAGAACCGCGAAUGCGCUGACUGUGGCUGCAAAGGGCCGCGUUGGGCGAGCGUUAACCUUGGAGUUUUCCUGUGCAUCCAAUGCUCGGGCAUUCAUCGCAGCCUGGGAGUGCACAUCUCAAAGGUUCGAUCAGCAACGCUCGACACGUGGCUGCCUGAGCAAGUGGAGUUCAUGCAGUCGAUGGGCAAUGCCAAGGCGAACGCCUAUUGGGAAGCGGAGCUGCCGCCACAUUUCCGCCGCCCGGCAGAGGCGGACAAGGGAGCCCUGGAGGGAUUCAUUCGUGCCAAGUACGAGCAGCGGCGCUGGGUGCGGAUGAACGACGAGGAGCGCGCGCGGAUGCGCCAGAGCGCAAGGGACGACGACCGCAACAGUUACCGGGGCGGGGGGGAGCGGCCCCGCCGAUACCACGACUCGGAUUACGACAGGGACUGGAGCCACGGCGCGCAUGCCACUUACAACCGCGGCGGCGGCGGCGGCGGCGGCGGCGGCGGGGGGGGUGGGGGGGGAAGUAGAGGAGGCGCGUAUGAUUCCUAUGACAAGUAUGACCGUUACGGUGGGCCCGGGGAUAGGGACAGGGGCGGUAGCGGUGGCGGUGGUGGUGGGAGGUAUGAUUCCCAUGGCGGGGGUUACGAUCGGGACCCCCGGGGCGGCGGCGGUGGUGGGUACGAUCGUGACCCCCGGGGUGGUGGUGGGGGGGGGUAUGAUCGUGAUCCGCGUGGCGGGUAUGACAGGGAGCGUGGGGGAGGGCCGAGCUCGCGAGACAGGGACUAUGGACGGAACCGGGAGCCAGAGCCCCGCUCGCGCCCGGAGAGCAAGGGACCCAGCACCACGCCUGUGAAGGUGACCAUGUCAAGCGGGCAGCCAGCUGCAACAGCAGCAACCCCUGUCCGUCCCCUGCCCGGUCCUGGCUUUGGCCAAAUCCCCCCUGUGCAAGCUCCUGGUGCCCCUGCUGCUUCCACUGCUGCCGCCGCCGCGGCUGCUGCUGCUGCUCCCGCCACAGCGACUGCAGCUGCUGCCCCACAGGCUGCUCAGACGGCUGAUCUGUUUGAUUUCCUCUCAAUCAGCGAACCUGCUGCACCCGCUGCUGCGGCUGCUGCUGCUCCUGCUGCUGCUCCCGCAACUGCUGCUGCUGCCACUCAACAAGCAGCACCUGCUGCAACAGGAGCGUGGGCGGCUUUUCCUGAGGCUGCUGGUGCUGCUCCAGCUGCCAGCGCCCCUGCUCAAGCCGCCGCUGCAGGUGGUCAGGGAUCCGCAGCAAACCCCCUGGCGGACUUGUUUGCUGCAGCGCCCGCAGCUGCUCCCGCUGCUGCACCUGCUGCUGCUGCACCAGCCCCGGCUUCCAAGAACGUCAAGUCUGACAUCCUGAGCCUCUUUGAGCAGGCCCCUGCCAGCAGUCCGUUCCUGGCACAGCAGCAGAUGGCAGCUGCUAUGUUUGCCCAGCAGCAGUACAUGGCUGCAGCCGCUGCAGCUGCAGCCGGCGGUACCAAUGCUGCUGCUGCUGGGGGCGCAGCAGUCAGCAUGCCUGCAGGGGGCAUUCCUGGCCUUGUGGCUCCGGCUCCUGGAGCAGCAGGAGCAGCCGCUGCUGGACCUGCAGCAGCUGGGGCUCCUGGCAUGUUCGGAAUGCCAGGUUUUGUGCCUGGAGCAGUCCCAGCGUUUCCUCCCACUGGGGUGUUUCCUGGGCAGGCAAUGCCUGGUGGUUUCCACCCGCAGUUCAUCCCAGGCAUGACGCCUCAGCUCUUUCCUGGCCAAGUCCCUGCAGCUGGCGCUGAUGCUGGUUUUGGUAUGCCCCAGGGAUUCGCUGGCCUGGCGGGAGUAAUGCCUGCAGCUGUGUCUGCCCAACCAGCUGCUCCAGCUCCAGACACGGGUGCAAGCUACGACUUCUCGUCCCUCACUGCAACAGCACUUUGGAAGUAGAAUAUUGUUGGAAAUGUGGCAGCGGAGGCAGAUUUCUUUUUUCAGGAACACUGAAACCUUGUACUUGUGGUUACGAGGAGAAGACCAUCCGCCACCACCCCCACCCAUCACCUAUUUCAGGGCCUGUAUUCUGACGUCCCCUGGACUGCAUGUGAACUACUUCCGAGUCUGUUAGGAGAGGCAUUAUUUGAGUACUAAAACCUUCAGCAUUGGAUCAUUGUGUAUGG